UCGCCUACAGUAAUGGCCUCUCGUAAAGUCGCGCUCGCCGCCAUGGCCGUCGUCAUCGCCGUGGCCGCCUUGCUCCCGGCGACGGCUUCCGCGGCGUCGUACACCGUCGGCGACGACUCCGGGUGGGACAUCGGGAUCGACUACCGCGCCUGGGCCAGCGGCAAGAAGUUCAGAGUCGGCGACACCCUCGAGUUUCUCUACUCGUUGGGGGAGGCGGAGCACAACGUGGUGUUGGUGGACGCGCAGAGCUUCGCGGCGUGCACCGUGCCCAGCAACGCGCCCACGCUCACCACCGGCGACGACACCGUGUCGCUGACGCAGGCCGGGCAGUGGUUCUUCAUCUGCGGCAUCGAGGGCCACUGCCAGGACGGCAUGAAGCUCGCCGUCAACGUCCACUGAUCCACUAUAUAUCGAUCAACUGGUGUAGCCACUGCGACCGUGCGAAUAAAAAUCUUCAGAGCACGCACAUUGUACCAUUACGCAAUUCGGGCCAGUACUUGGCUCCCGACUCAGUUUCCCCGUAGAGUUCAACUGCCUUAUGACACUUUUUUUCUCUCUACAUAUUUAUAUGUUUUGUUGCCACGUAGUACCAGAUUUAAUCAAGAGCUACAGUUUGAUUCCC